ACUCCCUGGGGCUGGCCUCCCUGAGCUCACAAACAGCCGGCUGUCUCUGGAGAAGGCAGUCUUCAUCCAGGCUUGUGGCUGGGCGCUCCCCACUUUGCAGAGGGAAAGCUGUCUAGGAGAGUGGGACAGGUGCCCGGCUCCAGCAUGCUGGCCCUGCUUUGUUGCAGCUUGCUUCUGGCCGCCCGGAUCUCUGCCACCUGGAAUGUCCCCAGCCCGGUGGAAAUCAGCUCAGAGCUGGCAGCGCAGAUCCGUGACGUGCACGCAAAGGUGCUGGAGAUCUGGCGGGUGUUCACGCAGCAGGAGGCCGACGGCGGGCGGGGCGCCGCGCUGCACGCCGCCUGCCAGGUGCAGCCGUCCGCCGGGCUGGACGGCGCGCAGCCCCGGGUGACCGGCCGGGUCCUCUUCCGGCAGCCCGCCCCGGGCGCCAGGCUGGAUGCCUUCUUCGACCUGGAGGGCUUCCCGGCCGAGCUCAACAGCUCCAAGCGUGCCAUCCACGUCCACCAGUUCGGGGACCUGAGCCGGGGCUGCGAGUCCACGGGUCCCCAUUACAACCCGCGGGCCGUGGCGCACCCCGACCACCCGGGCGACUUCGGCAACUUCGUGGUGCGCGACGGCCGCCUGUCCAAGUUCCGCGCGGGCCUGGCCGCCUCCCUCUCCGGGGCGCACUCGAUCGUGGGCCGCGCGGUCGUGGUCCACGCGGGCGAGGACGACCUGGGGCGCGGCGGCAACCCGGCCAGCCUGGAGAACGGCAACGCGGGCCCACGCCUCGCCUGCUGCGUGGUGGGCACCAUUGGGCCCGAGGCCUGGGCGAGCCGCUGGGCGCAGGAGCGGAACCAGCGCCGGAAGCGCAGGCGUGAGAGCCACUGCCAGGCCCCCUGAGCCCCGCCCGCCCCCCUCCGCUCCAGGGCCCUGUGUCUCUGCAGGAGUCCACACCCCAGGAUGCCUGUGUGCCUAAGCGUCCUUCUGUCCCCAGACAUACCCGCGGUCACCUUCGUGCCCCAAGACACCUCAUGUCCCCCAGGAUCCCCGCCGUGUCCCCCAGGACCCCCUCUGUGUCCCCAAGACCCUCUCUGUGUCCCCCAGGAUCCUUUCUGUGUCCCCUACCCCCCGUGUCCCUUAGGCCCCCCUUGUCCCCCAGGGCCCCUUCUGUUUCCCCUAGGAUCCCCCAUGUUCCCCCAGACUCCCUCCGUGUCCCCCAAAGCCUCUCUGUGUCCCCCCAGGACCCCCUCUGUGUCCCCAGGACCCCUUCGCUAUCUGCCAGGGCCCCCUCUGU